AUGGGAAAAGAAUUGGUGGUGGUUCUUGUAUAUGUAGAUGAUCUUCUAGUAACGGGUAGUUGUAGCAGCUUGAUUGAACUGACUAGAAAUGAUCUGAAACUUAAGUUUAAGAUGAAAGACUUAGGAGAACUGAAGUUUUUUCUUGGCAUCGAGUUUGCUAGAACUAAGGAGGGGUAUGUGAUGAAUCAACUCAAGUAUGCUUUGGAACUAAUCUCUGAAAUGGGAUUGAGUGGUGCAAAACCAGUUCAUACACCAAUGGAUCCUAAUGUAAGGCUGACAUCUAUUGAGUAUGAUAAACAUGUACAUGGAUCAGAAGUUACUUCAACAGAUAAACCUUUGAAGGAUAUUGGAAGAUAUCAAAGGUUGGUAGGAAGGCUGUUAUAUCUAACAAUGACCAGAGUAGACGUAUCCUUUGCAGUACAAGUCUUGAGCCAGUAUAUGCAUGCUCCAAAAGAGUCUCACAUGGAAGCAGCUCUGAUACCAUGUUAG